AAGGGUUUACUUUAAAUAAAUAGACAGGCCAAUUAAGUAAAUCGUGUACAAACUGAAUAUUAAACGUACCUAUCGAAAUAAUCAACAACGAAUUAUAACCUCAAAAAUCAGAGGCAUCGAUUGAUGGGCGUUUUAACAACGAUUUAGUGCAUUCUACCGAGAAAUCCGGUUCACAAAAUACAGAGUUCCAGCGAAAUGAAGGAACCUGAAGUAGAUCCGAAGAAUAUUAUAAAGAGCAGGGAAUUACUUUACAGACUUAUGAUCAGCCAACUAUUUUACGAUGGGCAUCAAACAUUGGCUGUGCAACUAUCAAAUAUAAUUCAAGCAGAACCACCAUGUCCUCCGUCAGACCGUUUACUACAUUUGAUGUUGAUUGGGUUGGCUCAUGAACCUGAUCGUUCUAAAAAAGAGACAAGUAACUUGUCCACAUUUGCUUCAACGUUUGAUAACACUUUGGGACCUGGGUUAGAUUUGGAAUUUGAGACAGAAGCUCAAACUCAAGCUCCAGAACCAGCACAAUAUGAGACUGCCUAUGUUACUUCUCACAAGGGAAACUGUAGGGCAGGAGCAUUUUCUGCAGAUGGUCAACUAAUAGCAACUGGAUCAGUGGAUGCAUCAAUUAAGAUUUUAGAUGUUGAUAGAAUGUUGGCCAAAUCAGCUCCUGACGAAAUGGCACCUGGAGAUCAAACAGGGGGGCAUCCUGUUAUAAGAACAUUGUAUGAUCAUUUGGAAGAAGUGACAUGUCUCGAAUUCCAUCCGAGGGAACCUAUUCUUGUAUCUGGCAGUAGAGAUUUUUCCAUUAAGCUGUUCGAUUUCAGCAAGGCCAGCGUCAAAAAAGCAUUUAGAACUAUUACAGAUGCAGAUCAAAUACGAUGUUUAUCUUUUCACCCAACUGGUGACUUUUUGGUUGUUGGAACCAAUCAUCCGGUCGUAAGAUUGUACGAUGUUAACACAGCACAAUGUUUUGUCUGUAGUAUACCUAGUCAUCAACACACUGCUGGCAUAACUAGUAUUAAGUAUUCUCCAGAUGCAAAAACUUAUGCAUCGGCCGGCAAAGACGGAAGUAUAAAAUUAUGGGAUGGUGUGUCAAAUCGAUGUAUAAACACCUUUGUAAAGGCACACGAUGGUUAUGAAGUAUGUUCAGUAACUUUUACGAGAAACGGGAAAUACUUACUGUCAUCUGGAAAAGAUUCUCUAAUAAAAUUAUGGGAGCUAUCUACUAGCAGAUGCUUAAUAGCAUAUACAGGUGCUGGAACUACAGGCAAACAAGAACACAAAGCACAAGCUAUUUUCAAUCAUACCGAAGAUUAUGUAAUGUUUCCUGACGAAGCUACGACAUCGCUGUGUGCAUGGAAUUCACGAAACGCGUCUAGGAAACAAUUACUGUCAUUGGGACACAAUGGUCCAGUCAGACUGAUCGUGCACUCUCCAACUGCUCCAGCAUUCUUGACGUGCAGUGACGAUUUCAGAGCAAGAUUCUGGUUUAGAAGAAUGCCUACUCAUUAAUUUGACAUUGACAUUGAGAUGAAAGAUAUUUGUUUCAAAGUUUGCCGUUUGAAAUACAGUCACCAAAGAGAAAGUAUUCAAACAGACAAUUAAAAAAACAUAACAUAGAAAAAUGUGUGAAAAUCUGUACAAAACACUGUUGUACAAUGUUCUUCAGUGAUGAAACUGUUCGACUACCGUGCCUUGAAGUAAGAGAAAAAUUUAUUUCGAUAAUUUAUGUUAAACUGACAUACAAUCUGACUUUAAAUAUUGUACAUAUCGGUUUCAUUUUACCUUGAAGUACACAAGCACGACAAUGUCGUUUUCUUUUGAUACCGAUCUGUAUCGAUUGUCAAUAUUUACUGAUGCACGAAAAUACUAAGUGCAAGAGAUGCAAUUUAUACGCUA